AUGCUUGAAUCUGUUCAAAAUACGACAGCAACAGCAACGAAUAUACAAAUUUUAAAUAUAUUUACACGUCGAAUAACAUUAUAUCUUGGCAUACCAUUUUAUCUAAUUGGUAUUAUUGGUGGUAUAUUCAAUACGUUAAUGUUUACGAAUUUUCAUAAACUACGUGUAUCAUCAUGUGGUAUAUAUCUACUAUUAUUAAACAUAAUUGACUUAGUGUUGUUAAAUAAUAGUUUAUUGAUACGUGUACUGCAGUAUGGUUUCAAUUAUGACUUACUUAUAAGUUCAAAAAUCAUAUGUAAAAUAAGAUUUUAUGUAGGACAUUUAAGCGUCAUGAUCUCAUUUAUACUUAUUAUCUUAGCAAGUUUAGAACGUUAUGGAAAAACUUUAAGAGUACGUAGAACUGUAUACGAAUGUUUGUUUUUAAAUGAGCGAUCAUCGUCAGAGAGCAAACACCGGAUGGAGAACUAGGUGUUUUUCCAACAAAAAUAUUUUGUUUCAACGCAAGAAUGUUGAAACAGACAGAGUUUCCAGAGACCUUUCAGAAAAGGUUUCCCAAAUGCUUGUGUGACUCACGUGCUACAGCUGACGAGGGAAGGUCCCCAACUGUUCAGAAGCUUUUGGUCCAAAACUUAGUGGACAAUAGGUAAUCGAGUGUCCUGAUUCCGAAUAGUACAUUGGUUUGGGCCCAGUUUUAGUUUAAAGACCCGGUUUUUUAAAUACUGGGUUUUUGGGGUCGAAAAACCAUUUGCAAUAAAACAAAUUUUUGAUCC